AUGCUCGGCAGGACCAUACUUCCAGGCGAUGAAGAGCUGGGGAAGAAGGAUGACGACCACAGGCCUGGAGCACCGGGAAGGAGAUUCUCCUGGGCUUUCUUGAAGACGCCACUGAGGUUCCGGCGGCGGCGGAUAGUAUUAGCCGUGGUAGGCCUGUACCUGGUUUAUCUGUUCAUCCACAACAUACCGGAUCUGGGGGAGUUUCAUGGGCGGAACAGACCGUUUGGAGGGCAGUAUGCGCCCGUAACCAAUGCGGGAGACAACCCAGCAGACGACGUGGAACCAAAAGGCCCACCUCCUGGCACGAGGCUUCCUAAGGACGGCAGUCCGCCGCCGCAUUCCUACAAUGGACAGGUCCGCUUCUACAGGCUCGCAGAGUCGCUUCACGCUUCAUCACAUACCCAAGGAUACCGCGCCACGAAUCGGAAUGUGCUGUUCGCCAUUUCAAACCUCAAAAGCGCCACUGUUCUUCUUCCCAUGAUCUGCGAAAUGUCGAAAUGGGGUAGGAACUGGGUCCACGCUGCUAUCAUGGGUCGCGAGGACAUACCGUUAGACAGUUUGCUUGCAAUCAACGGGAUCGAUAAAGAAAAGUGUCCCGCAAUCUGGCAUGACGCACGACCAGACUUCACCGAAUACAGCUCAGAAGCACGAGCUGAAGGAAGUGUCGCAGGAGCCAUGUCGCAUAUUCACAACCUCCUCCAUCCACAGGCCAUAAUCAUCGACGAUUCGCUCUCGGAGGAUGCCUUCUUUGUCAGGGCAAUGCGAUCGAAGUCCAAGCUCUUCAAUAUUCCUAUUAUUGAAGUGCCGAAAGACCGACUAGAAAACUUUAUGUGGAUCACGAGGCUAGACGCUGGGUCGCUGAAAAGCUGGCACUACCCUACCGUGGAUAUCCUGAUUCAAGCGCCGUAUGGGUCUUCGGGUGGUGUCAUGCAGCUGCUCAAGUCCAUCGUGAGGGCCGACUAUCACGGCCUGAAGCCGCCCCGCCUAACCAUUGAGCUCCCCGCCGAUGUUGAUGGCCCCAUGAAGCAGUAUUUAGAGAACUUCGUUUGGCCUCCUGUGAGUGCCGAUAAUCCUCUUGCAACAAGUCAAAUGACCCUCCGACGUCGGAUCACUACCCAGAGGGCAACGCAGGAAGACAGCUCUACCAGAUUCCUGGAAUUAUUUUAUCCCACAAGCACCACUAAUUCGCACGUUUUACUGCUCUCACCCCAAGCAGAACUGUCACCUUUAUACUACCAUUAUCUAAAAUACACUCUCCUCGAGUACAAGUACUCUUCGUAUGGCGAAAUGGAUAGCGAAAACAUGAUGGGUAUUAGCCUUGAGCUACCCGCCACACGCUUAGAUGGAAAGACAGCAUUAAAGCCUCCGAGGCCUAGCGAUAUGAACACUGCGAGAUAUACACAGCAGUUUCCUAAUGCCCCAAGCGUGCCAUUCCUCUGGCAAGCCCCGAAUAGCCAUGCAGCACUUUUCUUCGCCGACAAAUGGGCGGAGUUACACUCUUUUCUUAGCAACCGUGUUGCGAUGCAGCAUCAAGCGCCUAAGACAGCAGCGAGGCCAAAGCUGGUCUCAGAAACCCUUCCUGCGUGGACUGAAUACAUGCUGGAAUUCAUGCGGUCUCGCGGCUACUCACUUUAUUAUCCUGCAACAAUCGCCUCGGAGUCCAUCGCUACCGUGCACAGCGAGCUAUAUCAUCCCCCUGAAGAGUUUACCCCUCCCUCGCCGACGGAAUCGGAUCAGGGGUCGGAAUCACCACCGAACCUCCCGGACGAGCCGUUCCUCACGGCAGAGAAACCGCCGCCUCCCCCAUACAAUACGGAAGCCCCUGUCAUCCCACACUCUCGGCCGCUACAUCUUGCACUCCCAUUCGAUGGCGAUCUUCCAGAGAUCCCUCAUCUCCCGUACCUACUCUACGAUGGUGAACUAAUUAAUCCUGACAAUUCAUCAAGCAUGGCUCUCGCCUACGCGAACAAAUUCCGAGAAACCGUCGGAGGAUGUACGAUCCCAGCAGGCAAGCACCGGAAGGCAGAGAGGGGAAGCGCGAAAGACUUGUUCUGCUUUGGCGACGAGGAUGAGGAUGAUUGGGAGGAUGAUGCUAAAGAUCAGGUUGAUGAGGCGGGCUGGGAUCCGUUUGGUUUGGCAGCGGAGAAGAAAAAGUUGGAGAAGGAAGAGGGUAGGGUUAUGAGUGAAGUGCUCUCGUCUACGCCCACGUCUACAUCGAAGGGAAUUGAUGCUAAGACUAUGGUGACGGCUCCGGCUGUGCCGAAAGAGUGA